AUGGAGAAGAUUGAAAAAUCUAGAGGUGUGAACCAAGGAGCCAAAUUUCCUUCAAUUGGUGGUCAGAGUUCCAAGGACGCUCUCAACUUAGAAGUCGGUUUAGAAAACCCUCCAGAAGACAUUAUAACCUCAGACGACCAAGAAGAAGAUCCUUUUGAAAUUGAAGUUCGGCUUAUGCUUGAUUUGGCUACUGUUAGAUUACAGAUAUCCGCAAAUGAAGAAUUCGAAAUUCCAAGAGCAGAUGAACAAGACGUCGUCAUAGAAAGCGCUGAACAUUCUACCGAACUCCUAUCUGUAUGCUAUCUAAACUUUCUUUAUCAAAAUCGCUACCUAUUCCAGGAUUGCCUCGAACCAUCACCCGAUAGUGAAGAAGAAGGGGAAUGA